UUCAGUUCGAUUUCUUAAACCGAACCGAUGUGCACCCUUCAAGUUUCUGUCUGAUAACCUUAUUUCUGAGUUGUUCCAAGUCUCCAACUUGUGGGUAAGUGAUGAUUUCGUUACUAGCCAUAUAAUUACUCAUUCUGUGUUCUGCUUCUGCCCGACCCUUCUCUUGAUAUUAGUGUACAACAGAUUAAUUGGCAUUUUCUGCAUCCAAGUUAAUAGUUUUCUGACGUGAUGAAUCCAAGUAAAUGUUAUUCGUAGCCUCUAGAAGCAGCUCCUUGAGUAAAUUGACCAACUAAGGAGUGUGUAGGUUUCUCAAGAUUAUUGUGUUUGGUUUGGGAAGUUGAUUGAUCAAGCUCUGAAUUUCUAAUAUCUCUGGAACAUCUCUAGUUUAAGAAUAUGGUGAAUUCUGAUAAGGGCAUGAUUUUUUUUUUUUCCUUUUUUCUUUUUAUGUAGUUUACUUCAAUCUAAUAUCAAACCCCUUUGAAGAUUUACUUUGUGAUUGUUCCAUAUUGGGGCAAUUUCUUGAGUCCAAGGGCCGAAGGUAGCAUUCUGACUUUAGGCAUGGCUCUUUUACGAACUGUCCCCUGAAAAAAAUCUGGUUGAGGGUGGAUAGUUUUCAACAUUUUUGUAAUGAACGAAGAGCUGCCCCGGCAAUUGGCUAUUAAUGUCCUUGUUGUAUCGAAUACCGAUUGGGGCAAUUUAUGCUAAAGAUACAACUGGAGUUCUUUUCAACUUUGUUAGAUAUGUGGCAGUCAUGUCGAGUCUACGUAAUUCUAGGUUCUGGUCUCAAUUUUGUACCUAUCAGGUCGAGCGCAAGAUCUCAUCUACUGAUAGGGACUAUAGUGCCAAUUCAACUGUUGCCCGUACUAACUGGCUGAUCACAAAGCUUGGAAAAGAAGGAAGAAUUGGAGAGGCACGCAGGGUAUUCGAGGAAAUGCCUGAUCGAGAUGUGGUGUCAUGGACUGCUGUAAUUACAGGGUAUAUCAAAUGUGGAAUGAUUGAGGAAGCUAGGAAGCUAUUUGAUAGAAUUGAUGCUAAGAAGAAUGUCGUUACUUGGACGGCAUUGGUUAGUGGAUAUGUAAGAUUGAGUCGGAUUAAGGAGGCUAGAAACUUGUUUGAUGCCAUGCCAGUUAAGAAUGUCAUUUCGUGGAACACCAUGAUUGAAGGGUAUGUGCGACAGGGUUGGGUCGAUCAGGCUUUUGAUUUGUUUGAGAGAAUGCCAGAGAGGAAUGUGGUUUCUUGGAAUACUAUGAUUACAGCAUUGAUGCAAUGCAGGAGGGUAGAUGAAGCCUGGGAGCUCUUUGAUCAGAUGCCAGAGAGGGAUGUGAUUUCUUGGACAGCGAUGGUGGCUGGUUUGUCGAAAAAUGGGAGGAUUGAUGAAGCCCGGUUGGUGUUUGAUAGAAUGCCUGACCGGAAUGUGGUUUCCUGGAAUGCAAUAAUUACUGGUUACGCGCAGAAUAUGCAGCUGGACGAGGCUCUUGAAUUGUUUGAGAAAAUGCCUGAGAGGGAUUUGCCUUCAUGGAACACUAUGAUUGCAGGGUUCAUUCAAAAUGGUAAACUGGAGAGGGCAGUGGAUUUGUUCCACAAAAUGCCCAACAAAAAUGUUGUCUCUUGGACAGCAAUGAUUUCUGGACAUGUACAAGAUGGGCAAAGUGAAGAAGCAUUGAAGAUUUUUUCAGAAAUGCAAACAGCGGAAAAUGUGAAACCAAAUGAAGGAACUUUUGUCAGUGUGUUGGGUGCUUGUAGUAACUUAGCUGGUCUUUGUGAGGGACAGCAGAUUCACCAGAUAAUAAGUAAGACAGUAUAUCAAGAAAUUGCAGAUGUGGUAUCAGCUUUAUUAAACAUGUAUUCAAAAUGUGGGGAGUUGAAUAUGGCUCGCAAGAUAUUCGAUGACGGAUCUAUAAGCUACAGAGAUGUGGUUUCUUGGAAUGGGAUGAUUGCAGCCUAUGCUCAUCAUGGUCGUGGCCACGAAGCAAUUAGUUUAUUCAAUGAAAUGCAGGCAUUGAGAUUUCGUGCUGAUAACGUAACCUAUAUCGCGUUGCUUUCUGCUUGUAGUCAUGCCGGACUUGUGGAUGAGGGGUUGAAAUACUUCGAAGGCCUUGUAAGAGAUGGAUCCAUAAAACUAAGGGAAGAUCAUUACACAUGCUUGGUUGAUCUUUAUGGUCGAGCAGGGAGACUCCAGGAGGCAUUUGAUUUCAUUAAGCAGCUUGAGGCCAAGCCAUCAGCAUCAGUUUGGGCAGCUCUUCUUGCCGGAUGUAAUGUUCAUGGCAAUACCGAUUUAGGUAAGUUAACAGCCGAAAAACUUUUAGAAACAGAACCAGAGAAUGCAGGAACCUUUUUGUUGUUAUCCAACAUAUACGCUUCAACUGGAAAAUGGAGAGAAGCUGCUAAAGUGAGGUUGAAAAUGAAGGACAAGGGAUUGAAGAAGCAACCUGGUUGCAGUUGGAUAGAAGUUGGAAAUGCGGUACAUGUAUUUGUAGUGGGCGACAAUUCUCAUUGCCAAUCUGAGAAAAUUCAUCUCUUACUUCAUGAUCUGCAUACAAAAAUGAAGAAGAUUGGUCAUAUACUAUAUGAAGAUUUAGCAAUGGAUUUCGGUUUUAUGAUGGUGUGAGACUGAAACUGGUAGCAAUUUCGAAUUGCAAUCUUGAGAAGUACAAAUUAGCUCGUCCAGCAAUAUGAUCCUUGUGAUUAUCGGCCAUAUGAUGGAUCUUCGAUAGCGAUCAAUGCCUUGCAAUCUGGAUGGAGGAAUAUAAGAGAAAAUCCUUUAUCUGCUUUAUGGUUAGCUGACUAGUUCAUUGUUACGAGGGUUAUCAGUUCAGACUUCAUAUAACAAUUAAAGUGUACAUCUUCUCGGCGUUCUGGUUGGCUUUUGAAAUUUUACGGCUUGGAUGCAGUUUCUUUUCCCUUUUCUCCGGUCUGCAAAAAGAACUAGUAACAAAGGGAUUUCAGGUGGUUUCUGAGAUCUUUGCAAUCACGGCUAUAUUACAUCACAGGCAUUUUAUGGCAAGUAGGGAAGGGACAACUAAGUUAAUUUCCUGCCCUCUGUUACAGAAUGAACAAUAUAACCUCUUGAGCCAUUAGUCUUACCAAAGGACAUUCAAUGUAAUGUAUCCAUGAGGGAAGCAGACACCAUCUUCAAAAGUCUUUAAUCCUUAGCAUUUGAAAGUUAUGGAACUACUUUAUUAGAGAAGAAUGACGUUACCGUAUCUCUGGGAAUAUAUUGGGAAUGUUAAUAGGAUAUUAGUAGUGACAUAAUGGUAUAAUUAGUUGGUAGUUUGUUAGGGUGAGUUGUUAUAAAUCACGGGAGUUUAUUUUUUACUCAUUUCCUUUUGAGAAAAUAAAGGGAGUUAAAGAGCUCCAAGGAUGAGUAUUGUUUCGGGAAUUCAGCCCAUAGUGAGUGAACUACGGAUUGCGGGAAGGCUAUUGUUAUAUAUAUAUAUAUAUUUUUUAAUUCUCGGGAAAGCCUUGUAGUAGGUGAUAUCAGAAGGUCCUAGGUCCUUACUCACUGCAACAGCCCCCAACCAAAGGACAAUGCUAUUGUUAUCUUGUAAUUUUUCUUUGAUAUUGCAAUUUAGUUUCUUGUUGUUUUCAUGUAAUCAAAAUCCUAAAAAAAUAUUCAUAGGCCUCGUUGAAUUGUUUUUUUUUUCCUUUAAGUUCAAUAAAUGUGUAAACGAGGGAUUGAACCUAAAACUUUAAGAACAGUAAGAAAUGUUUUAUCUACUUAGUUAUCAACCAUGAGUUACUAGUUAGUCAAAAGGCUUACUGUUUGGGGGUAGAAACCACGUGGACCACUCCCAUCUAGAACGUGGACCCAGGUACAAACUUGGAUCCCUCAAAAUGAGGAGGAUGGGAGCACAGAUGAGCUUGAGUACUACGAUCGUCUAGCACUAACUUUCUGCGAGGGAGCAAUCUUUCUACGAGGGAGUAAUCAGGUGUCGAGGAAUCGUUCUUUAUGUCGUCACGCCACUCUUGCAAGGACAUGUAUGACAUACGAAGUGUCAAGACCUCACAUUCCCCACCAUCACUACAUCCCUCGCCCUAUGAAAGGCAACCUGAUAUCCUCAUACAAGAUGCUAUCUUGCUCUCGUUUUGGCCCAAAUCUCUCUUGAUCUCUUUCUUGCUCUCGCUCUCUCGCUCUAGCUCUCGUCGUCCUCGCUCUCGUUCUCGCUCCCUCUCGCUCUUGCCUAAAUCGCUCGGAUAUCUUGCUCUCGCUCGUCCGCACUCGAAUCCGACAAUGGUGAUGGCGACAAGAGUAGCCGAUCUUGGUGGAGCGUAUGAUGGGGUGUAGAUGUUGCGAUGAAUACAACAUGAUAUGUGGACUAAUCAAGUUAGCUCGAUGUCGUCGGAUCCGU